GGAACGGGGCGCGGUGCCCGGUCCCGGUGACCGGUGUUCGGUGCUCGGUGCCGGUGCCCGCUCUAGGUGCCUGGUCCCGGUGCCCGGUUCUCAAUGCCCGGUACCCGGUGCUCAAUGCCCGGUACUUGGUGCCCGGUGCCGGUGCUCAAUGCCCGGUACCCGGUGCUCAAUGUCCGGUACUCGGUGCCCGGUGCUCAAUGCCCGGUACCCGGUGCUCAAUGCCCGGUACUUGGUGCCCGGUGCCGGUGCUCAAUGCCCGGUACCCGGUGCUCAAUGCCCGGUACUUGGUGCCCGGUGCUCAAUGCCCGGUACCCGGUGCUCAAUGCCCGGUGCCCGGUGCUCAAUGCCCGGUACUUGGUGCCCGGUGCCGGUGCUCAAUGCCCGGUACCCGGUGCUCAAUGUCCGGUACUUGGUGCCCGGUGCUCAAUGCCCGGUGCCCGGUCGCGGUGCUCAAUGCCCGGUCCCGUCCCCCCCGCUCUGACCCCGUUCCGCGCAGGGGCCUCCCCGCCCAGCAGCUCUCCGGGCUCCAGCGCUCCGCCGUCGCCGGCGGGGCCGCACCUGCGGCCGAGCUCCCUGCAGGGGCUGUCGCCGAAGCUGCAGCGGCAGUACCGGGCGGCGCGGUGCCGCUCCGCCGGCAGCAUCCCGCUCUCGCCGCUCGCCCACACGCCCUCGCCGCCCGCCGCCUCGCCGCCCGCCUUCCCCGCCAAGCUGCACCCCAAGGCCGCCGAGUCGCCGCGCCUCGCCCGCCGCGGGCUCCCCGAGAAGGCGGCGCCGGGGCCGCCGCGCAAGCUGGGGCUGGAGCCGCCCCGCAAGGACUUCCCGGCCGAGCCGCCGCUGCAGAGCUUGGCCGAGUGGGACGGCGAGGGCCCGGCCGAGCCGCCGCCGCCGCCCGCGGCCCCCGCUCGCCGCCUGGGCCGGCAGGAGCUGCCGCUGCUGCUCGGGGCCCCCCCGGGCCGGAGCCGCCGCCGCCGGGAGCGGAGGAGCCCGAGCGGGGGGCGCGGGGCCCGCCCAAGGCGCUGA